UCCUUUAAAUUGUUAUUUUAGGCAAUGCCAAAUUGCCAAUGCAGUGUAGUGACGAGCUGGUCAGUGACUCGGUGAGUGUAAGUGGUAGAAACGAACGGAGGCAGCUUGCGGCGCCGGCCAUGGCCGACGCGAACACGCGCAUCGACCUCGCCGCGCCGCUGAUCUCCGUGCGGCGGCAUGGCGGAGGCGCGGGCGGAGAGGGCGAGGUGACGCAGCCCGGGAGUAGGCCGGACGGCACGCCUGGCGGCGUGCCGUUCCGGUGGGAGCGACGCCCUGGUCAUCCCAAGAGCGUCCGCACCCGCCGCGCGCCGAUGGUGGCCGCGGCGAGGGGCGCGGAGCCUGCGCCGGACGCGAUUGCGGUGGUCGCGGCGGUCGCCGCGCCCGUGCGGGAGGAGGCGCGGUUCUCCGACGCGCUCUCCGUGGCGGACAGCUGCCUCACCGCGAACUGCAGCAGCGCCACCGGGCUCAGCAACGUCGCCGUCCGGCCUCCGCGCGUGGACCAUGCAGGCGCGCGCGGCGGCGGGAACGGCGGCGUCAUGAUGGACCGCUUCCUGCCGGCCGCGCACGCCGUGGCUGUCCUCUCCCCGCAAUGCAUCUCCCGGAAGGCCAGUAUCGCCGCCGCGACGACCGCGCGCAACGGCCACGGCGACGGUUUGCCAAGGUUGCUGCCUCACCUCGAACCAUCGCCGACGAGCCAGGCGCUGUGCAUCGUUCCGACUGAGAAGAAAGACGACGCCAACGCCGUCGUCGACGACGACGGCGACGGCGAGUGGGACGCCCGCAGUGCUCGGGGCUUCUCGUCGAGGAGGUGCGGGUUGCUUCUUCCCACACGGUGCAUGAAGAGCACCUUGCUGCUCCUCAAACCAUCGCCCGCCAUGAGACACCGCGGCGGAGGAUGGCGGCGAGACCGCAGCACACCCCUCCUCUCCAAGAUCGGCAGAAGCCAAAGCGCGGCGAACCCGCUCGAGCGGAGCACGCCGAACGGGCAGCAUCUUGGACACGACCCGAGCACCAUGCGAUCCUGGGAGGAAGUGUACAUCAACUCCCUCCGGCGAUCAGGCCGCGGCGGCCGGAAGGGUCUUGGCGCCUUGCUGUCGCCGGAGCUGGACACGACAAUGCCGUCAGUGCGUGAGCUUUACUUGGAACAAGGAGACGGCGGCCACCCCAAGGCUACCCACCUCGGCUUCCUCCUGGUUUUCGACAGAAGCGACGAGCGUCGCGACGACUACCAAUGCCCGCCGGCGCAAAGCUUGCCUAUGUCCGACGAGCCUAAGCUGCUGCCCCCUCCUCAUAUCCCACCAAGGCCGGUGCCGAAGGUGUUCGACGGAGGGAAGAAACCGAGGCGUGACGCCGCCACCGGCGGUGGAGGCUACGGGUGGCCGCUGCUGUUGGAGGACAAGGCAGCGGCGAGCCAUGACGUCGCGCCUCUGCUCCCACCGCUGCCGUCGCCGAAGUCGCCGUCAGAGUCCUGGCUCUCGCGGGCGCUGCCGUCCGUGUCAAACAACCCUCCGGCGACGUCCUUCCUGGGCAUCCAUGUGCAGCACAAGAAGCAGGCUCCAGCUCCAUGGUGUUCGUCCAAAAGUACGGCCAAGAUCGUCGUCGACGAUCAUGCCCGGCCACGGCAAAUGCGAAUACAUGAUCUACAGAAAUCAUAGUGUAAUUAAUACUGCCAGCAUAUCACUGUUCUUUUUUUUAAGUUGAUUUGGUGUACUUUUGUGUCCUGGUAAUUGCACUGUCAGUGAUAACUUGUACGAUUGUAUCCAUGUUGUUUAGGUUCACUGAAUAUUAAGGACUUGUUUAGUUUCUAAUUUUUUUUUUCAAAAAUAUCACAUCAAAUUUGUGGACACCUAAAUAAA